CCGCGAAUGCGAUACCCUGCUCCCCGUUCCUUCAAUUAUUCCCUCGGCUCGCGUGCUAAUCCACGGAUUAAACUCCCACCUGCUCUCCAAAACCUUGACACACCGCACGAGCGCCGGGCGAAGAGCCAUUCUCGCCCGCCCUCGCGUCCGCCUCCGCGGACGAACUGCCGGCUCGGUCCAAGUUUAGCGCCCCAACCCCAGAGGAAUGGAGGUGGAGGCGGCGGGGCCGGAUAGGCCGGAGCCUCCCUCGCCGGCGAAGGGGACUGGCGAGAAUGGCGCGGCCACCACGCUGCAGAAGGUGUACCGCAGCUACCGGACCCGGCGGAAGCUGGCCGACUCCGCCGUCGUCGUCGAGGAGCUCUGGUGGCAGGCGCUGGACUACGUGCGCCUGGAGCACAGCACCGUCUCCUUCUUCGACGAGCCCAAGCCGGAGACAGCCGCCUCGCGCUGGAACCGCGUCAGCCUCAACGCGUCCAAGGUGGGCCAGGGUUUAUCCAGAGACGGCAAGGCCCUCAAGCUGGCUUUCCAGCACUGGAUCGAAGCGAUCGACCCGCGGCAUAGAUAUGGGCACAACCUGCACUUCUACUACGACGAGUGGUGCCAAAGCCAAGCAGGCCAGCCAUUCUUCUAUUGGCUUGAUGUUGGAGAGGGGAAGGACCUAGACCUUCCUGAAUGUCCAAGAGCUUUACUGAAGAUGCAAUGUAUCAGGUAUCUUGGUCCGCAAGAGCGCGAGCACUAUGAAUACAUCAUUAAGGAGGGAAAAGUUAUCCAUAAACAGUCUGGAGAACCGCUUGAUACAAGGGGUCCUAAGGGGACUAAAUGGAUAUUUGUUAUGAGUACAGCAAAAAAGAUUUAUGCUGGACAGAAACAGAGAGGCGUAUUCCAGCACUCCAGCUUUUUGGCAGGAGGUGCAACUAUAGCUGCUGGGAGAUUUACUGCAGAAAAUGGAGUGAUCAAGUCCAUCUGGGCAUACAGCGGCCACUACAAACCUAGUGCAGAGAACCUCCUCAACUUCAUGAACUUCCUUGAAGGGAAUGGAGUCGAUCUCAAAGAAGUCGAGGUACGCUCAUCGACCAGAGAAGACUACAACGAAGAUCCAGUGCCUAAUGACUCGCAGAAGUUCGCUUCAGCUACCAUGGAACCAACAAAUCUUCCACAGCUGGUCCCCCCUCUAAACACCACGCAAGGCAAUGAAGGCGACAAUGCUCCUAAGAUCAAGCUAGGCCAACCUACCAAAGGACCUUGUCGGGCGGUCUGCAGAGCCCCAGAGCCACCGAAGUCCCCCAGAAGGCGAUUCUUGAGAGGAUGAAGUCCAAGAGCGGGUCUAAGUCCUACCAGCUCGGGCACAGGUUGUCCCUUAAAUGGAGCACGGGGGCUGGUCCGAGGAUUGGGUGUGUCAAGGACUACCCAAUGGAGCUCAGGAUGCAGGCUCUGGAGAUGGUGGAUCUUUCGCCAAGGGCGUCAACUCCGUCGGCGUCGAGGCGACUGCCUCCGUGCUUGUCUCCCACUGAAAUCGCCUUGCCAACAUCACUGCUCGCCCUGAUCUAGGCCUCCCUGCCUCAGCCAAGUGAACUUCGAGUAGCUUAUGCCACGCAAAGAGCACACAACCAUGCGGCUGUCCGGUUACUGCUAUUCUGCAAUACCAUCUUUCAGCACUGCAAAGAUCACAUACCUGGUCUGUUGUCCUUUCUUCUUGUCCCCUGUCCUGUGGUUCCACAGAGAGUAGCACAAUGCAAUGCUCUCCAGCUGAAAUAGGCUAUGGGCAAGCUGAUUCUGUCACAUUUCAGACAUGGUAGCUUUGAAGCAGAUGGUGAUGGUAUGUUUUUGUU